CCCACCUGCCACCUCCCCCGUUCCCUGCGCCGCCAGUUUGUGAAAUUAAUGCAGUAAGAAAGUCUGGAGCGCGGAGGGCGUCCUGGCCAAAGGCAGAUGGGCGAGCUUGGAAAACCGGGAUGCGUCUGAAGCCGCGGUCUCCAGAGCCCCGCGGGGAAGCCAUGCGUCCCCGAAACUUGCCCUGCCGCCUCUCGCCUGCAGCCCCGAGCAAUGGGGCGCCUCUCCCGCAGCGGUUCUAGCUUACCCGGCGGGGACCACCGGGCGGGGAUCGUAAGUCGGAGCGGAGGCAGGAGAGCGGGGUUCAGACUCGGUCGCGACUCGCCAGCCUGGCACGCUCUCCGGGUUUAGCUGAAGGCAGCGCCGGCCCCGCUGCCCCGCGGCCCGACCCCUCAGCCCAGCCCCGAGCCGUGGGGCCUCGCUCAGCACCCUCGCCCGGGCUCUGAUCGCCACGGAAGCCAAUUCUUUUCCUUGCACGGAGCUGGCCGUUUAAACAGAAAAACAGGGGUAUUAAAAAAAAAAAAAAAAAAAAGAGGGAGAGAAAGAAAGAAAAUAUUCCCACCCCCAGACGUGCCGCCCGGCGCCGCAGGGAACCCCCAGACUCGCCCGAGUUUACGCGGCGGCGCGGUCCGCUCCGAGAGGCGCUCUCCGCGGUGCUGAAACGCUUCGCGGCCGCUGUCCGUGGUACCGCGGCCGCCUCGCUUCAGCCUCCCGGGACUCUCCCUCUGCACCCCCGACCCCACCGCUGCUCAACCUCCGGAUUAUUUUUCCAGUCGCGCUUGCGGGUUUUGUAAGUGCCAAUCUGAAACAUUUUUGCCCCCGUAACUCGUGGGCAACAAAGCACAAGGACCUGGAAAAUGUACAGCUUCAAUACUCUCCGCCUCUACCUUUGGGAGACCAUUGUGUUCUUCAGCCUCGCUGCUUCCAAGGAGGCUGAAGCCGCCCGCUCUGCUCCCAAGUCGAUGUCACCCUCAGAUUUCCUGGACAAGCUAAUGGGGAGAACGUCCGGAUACGAUGCCAGGAUCAGGCCCAAUUUUAAAGGUCCCCCAGUGAACGUGAGCUGCAACAUUUUCAUCAACAGCUUCGGUUCCAUUGCUGAGACAACCAUGGACUACAGAGUCAACAUCUUCCUGCGGCAGCAGUGGAACGACCCCCGCCUGGCCUACAAUGAAUACCCCGAUGACUCUCUGGACCUGGACCCGUCCAUGCUGGACUCCAUCUGGAAGCCUGACCUGUUCUUCGCCAACGAGAAGGGGGCCCACUUCCACGAGAUCACCACAGACAACAAACUGCUGCGGAUCUCCCGGAAUGGGAAUGUCCUCUACAGCAUCAGGAUCACGCUGACACUGGCCUGCCCCAUGGACCUGAAGAAUUUCCCCAUGGAUGUCCAGACCUGUAUCAUGCAACUGGAAAGCUUUGGAUACACCAUGAAUGACCUCAUCUUUGAGUGGCAGGAGCAGGGAGCUGUGCAGGUGGCAGACGGACUAACCCUGCCUCAGUUUAUCCUGAAGGAAGAGAAGGACCUGCGGUACUGCACCAAGCACUACAACACAGGUAAAUUCACCUGCAUCGAGGCGCGGUUCCACCUGGAGCGGCAGAUGGGCUACUACCUGAUCCAGAUGUACAUCCCCAGCCUGCUCAUCGUCAUCCUGUCCUGGAUCUCCUUCUGGAUCAACAUGGAUGCGGCGCCCGCCCGCGUGGGCCUGGGCAUCACCACUGUGCUCACCAUGACCACCCAGAGCUCCGGCUCCCGAGCAUCCCUGCCCAAGGUGUCCUACGUGAAAGCCAUUGACAUUUGGAUGGCAGUGUGCCUGCUGUUUGUGUUCUCGGCCCUACUAGAAUACGCCGCUGUCAACUUCGUGUCUCGGCAACACAAGGAGCUGCUGAGAUUCCGGAGGAAGCGGCGACAUCACAAGAGCCCCAUGCUGACUCUGUUCCAGGAGGACGAGGCCGGCGAGGGCCGCUUCAACUUCUCGGCCUACGGCAUGGGCCCCGCCUGCCUGCAGGCCAAGGACGGGCUGGCCGCGGCCAAGGGCGCCGGCAACAGCACCGCCGCCAACCCGCCGGCCGCGCCCUCCAAGUCGCCCGAGGAGAUGCGCAAGCUCUUCAUCCAGAGGGCCAAGAAGAUCGACAAGGUCUCCCGCAUCGGCUUCCCCAUGGCCUUCCUCAUCUUCAACAUGUUCUACUGGAUCAUCUACAAGAUCGUGCGCAGGGAGGACGUCCACAACCAGUGACCGGCGGCCGGGCGAAGGUGGGGUGCGCAGUGGGGACCGCGGCUCUGCGGUUCUCCUGCCGGGAAGGAAGGCGCAGUCUGCCCCAGAGCAGGAGGAAAGCAGUGUAAUAUAUGAUAUAUAUUCAUGCUUAAUAUUAAUGCAAAGCCACCAGAACAAACAGAUCUGUUCCUUAACCUAUCAGCCUAGUAACUGCUUAAAUCUUUCAAGUCACACAAGUGACGGACAGUUUUUCCCAGAGUGGAAAGUCACAAAUAAGCUUGCUCCCGAGUGUGGCCCCCUUCACUCGCCCACCCCACCCCUGUCCUCACCCCCUCACCCCCUCACCCGGCCGGGUGGACACGCGCCAAAAAGCCAUCCUGCCUCUGCUUCCAGCGCGCACAGGGGGAGAGGUGGAGAGACAGAGGACGCGAGUGGCGACAGGGAUGGGACAUUCCAGGGGCCCCGGGGAUGAGCAUCCAGUCAGUCAGCCUGACCUCAGGCCCCGGGUCUCAAGGCCAGGGUCACACGUGUCCCUCUGUGAGUCUUGUCGCUACUGUGUUCCAACACGAGCCCUUCACCACGACCCAGGAACGGCCGCCAUGGCUUUCUCAUUAUAUUGCCAAUAUGCAAUCUUUUUUACGGUUAAAAAAGUAAUAAUCUCAAGAAAUAUGCGGGGCCGGGGAUUUAGCUCAGUGGUUUCGCCACCUGCUGCGCAAGGGCAAGGACCUGAGUUCAAUCCCCGGUACCAAAAAAAAAAAAAAAGAAAUGGCAUGCGGACAGACUGAGUGUAGACAGGAGUACUUUUUUCAAAUGUCUAUUUUUUGGAGAGUCCCUUCGGAAUUGCAAGCAGGUGCAUGUUGGAGAAAGGAGGGCCAGGGAGACGAAUCGGUUUCUCUUCUAGUGCUUCUACAGUGCGAAGUUUUGAGAGGUGACAGGGGAGUGUCCGAGCUGCUGCAGGGCAGGCGUAUAUGGGUGGGAAGAGAUGGUCCUGUUUAGAAAGUGUUCGUUAUAUUCUGACAUUUCAUAUACCACAGAUAAUGCGAGACGUGUGAGGGAUGACCCCAUUCUAUUUUUAUAAGUCUAUUUUUUUUCUUUUAGGUGCUCUGUUUAGCUUUAACAUUUGGGAAAGGUAGUAUUUCUCUUUCCUUUGAUUCUGAAGUGCCAGAAGUAUCCCAGGGUAGCGGGCACUGGAGAGAGGAAAGGCGAGGGGCUGCAGAUGAAUUGGGUCUGGGGAGCAGGGUGCUGCGGAUGGACACGGAUGGUCAGAGCCAGGCCAAGGUCCUCCGUCAGCUGCUGAGCCUGCGGCGUGGGCAGCAUUUUCCCCGUGCUGCCACAUGGCCGGAACACUGGGGUUCCGUUUCCUUCUUUGCACUUUAGUGUCUUGGCUUCGGAUCAAAGUCAUGGCCUGAAUGUGAAGGACAGCCGACAAUCAGUGUGCACCGAGACUGGAGGGUUCGCUUGUGUCACUGGGGCAUCCCUAGCUUAGGGCAGGAUGAGGAGGAGUGGUAGAAGAAAUGGGACCCCGAAGCAUAACUGCUCCCUCGCACACCUUUGCCUGGGGAGUUUUUUCCCCGUGCCCAAGGCACAAUGGCCAGAGCCCAUGCAGGUCCUAAAGAAAGCAAAAAGCCCAAGUGACUUGAGGCAAAGAAAAUGCACUGUGCAUCCAGAACAGAACUGGGCUUUGAGGCUUCCUUGUUUACUACUCCUUGCCUUCCUUUCUCUUGGUCUGCAUAGACCAAAAAAGUGAACUGUAUCCCAGUUUGGGAUGAAGUGGGAUAUGCAGGCAGAGUCCCUUUGUUCUGAGAAAUCUUGAGCAAUGAAAGCCAAAUAGGUAGAAGCCCCUCAUGCAAAACUACCCUUUUUCACACUACAAAUAUGUGUCCACAGGAGGAAAAGUUAAAAAGAAAGACGAGGGCCGGGGAUUUAGCUCAGUGGUGCCGCUGCCUGCCUCACAAGCGCAAAGUCCCGAGUUCGAUUCCCGGCACCAAAAAAAAGAAAGAAAGAAAGACUUGAACAACUACUACCAAUUCAGGAUUGGACCAUUAGUCAUAGAACUGCUAUAAGCACAUUUCACGAGCACUACAUUCACUUUAAGGGAGAGAAGAAACUUUGACUCUUAAGUGGUUCUGGAAUCUUUGGAGAGGCCACUAGUCCCUUUCACUAGCACUUUACUCACUUAUUUAGGUAAAAAUUAUUUUUAAUCAAAAGUUAAUAUAUCCCUUUUCCCUACCUUCAUCAUUACUGGUCUAAAUUCAGAAUGUCUAAAGUUUAGGUGAAUCAAACAACAAAGGCAGUCGAUCUCUAUCAGAGACUAAAAAAAAUACCCACUGUUCUAAGGCAUUCCACAUGCACUCAAACAAAAACAUCCGCAGACUCCACACUGACUUGCAUACAGGCAGCAUGUGGAGUCCUCCUGAGACAGAACUCACUGGGCCAUAUACCGGAGCCCUGGACUUCUGCUGCCAUGCCACCAUAUUUAACCUGGGGCCCGCUGGGGACCACCGGGCAAGGCAGUGGCAUCCAACUAGUGGUGGAUCAUCUCUUUGAGACACUGAAGUCUCUAGUAUUAAGCUUUAGUUCUUUGGCUACACAGUGAGGAAAGUGCUAGGAAAAACUCCGUCCCAGCCUCCUCUAGCUGCUGCAGGAAUCUGAGCUUAAUCUGGCCUAGAGGAAGGAAAUGCCUUCACACCACUAAAAAGUGAACGUCACUUCGAUCUUCCCCUUCCACAUGGAUACAUGGACGUAAUAUGUGUGCACAGAGUAGCUGAACCUGCACAAUUUUUGUUUUCUUUCUUCUUUGGAAAACUUGCAAAUUCUGUUUUCCUUUUAUACCACUUUAUCAAAGCUGAAGAGUAGUGAGGAAAGUUUAGCAAUCAUUAUGACAUCAAAAAUACCUUGGGAAUGGAAGCGUGCUCAAGGAGAAGACACUACCAUCGACGGGUAAUGCAGUAAGGACUUAGCAAUAAAUUACAAGAAUUUCAUCAUUAUAGAAAAUCAAACCAGAUUAAUUUAGAUCAAAAUUGUUAGAUGGCUCCCAUGAACAGGGCCAUACUUUCCUAACUUCUGUUCAGUUUGAGCCCCAGAGAUACUAUGCAUGGGGAUUACAGACACAGGGUGAAGAGCUAAUGUGGGUGCAAUCAUGGGUUCAGUGUUUUGAGACCUUUGACAUGUAUGGCUGGCAUUUAUGUGUAGAGGAAUUGGUGAUGUCACCCAGCUCCAAAACUGCAGCUUCUCCCAGGAGCCAGAUAGUAAUACCAAUGACUUCUCACCUGUUUCUUUACAAUGUGUCUCGCCUGUUUCAAAAGCAGCCACAAUAAAUGGCUCAGCUCUACCACCCUCUGGCCCUUUCAAACAACCAAGAGCCCAUUCUUGGCUAAGGCUUUAUAGAGAAUAAAGAUGGGUAGGUGUGAACAGAAAGAAAAAAAUGUCUGUCAGUAUGUAUGUGUGUGUAUAUAUAAUUGUUUGUUUGUUUGUUUUGAGGCAGGGUCUUGCUGUGCAGUUCAGCCUGGCCUCAAACUCAUAGUGCUCCUCCUGUCUCAGCCUCUCGAGUGCUGGGACUGCAGGCAUCCACUACCAUGCCUGGCUUACGUGUAAUAUCUUGGAUUUAAUUCUAUUUUCUGUUUCAGUCUAGAAAGAUACAGGAGGGUUAAUCAUUUGGCCUAAAUUAUAUCUUUUUCCAAGUUGUCAGUAAAUAGGAAAUGAGUCCCUUCCAGAAGCUGACCAAUAUUUUUAUAGACCGUUUUUUUCAUACUUGAGAGAAAAGCAACUAUAAGAGAUAGCUCCUGUCCUCCAAUGUAUGUAUCUGUAUGAGCAUCAUUUAAAAAGGCGUGGUGUUUUAUGAGGGUGCAGGAUAUUGGAUUGUGUCGAGCAGGCUGGUGCUCCAGCCGAUCCGACCUGGUACGUCACUGCUAAUAGGCUUUUGUUAAAGUGAGAUUCCUUCCUUCACUGGGACACACUGAAACUGAAGUGGGUUAUCCCUGUGUCUGCAGCACCUGCACCCUUCGGAGAGGAAGCUGGCAAGCAGAGGGCUUGGCCUGGUGGUGGUGCAGUCUGUAUUAGCUUAAGGACCGGGGUCAGGAUCUGAGUUUGCAGCCAGAUCUUUCCCAGUGUGGUUGGAAGCCCAGUCCAGGGCAGUGGACAGCUCUCUGGGAGCUCUCCUGCUUACACAGCAGGCACUGCACACGCUACCCAUGCUCCCCCCAGCCGUGAAGGGCCAGGCAAGACUGGGGCAUGUCUGUGGGCUGGGUUUCCUGAGUAGCUAAGGGGCUCUGUGGGGCGGGAGAGGUCUGUUGAGGAAGGGUGAGUGGACCUCUACCCCGACGUACAGCAUCUUUAGUUCACUAACCAGCCCGACCAAUAUUUCCCUAAUCGGACAAGCAGGGAACGUAUUCUUAAAGUAUAAUAUAACUUCUUUUCUUCCACAAAGGCCAUCAAAGAAAUUUGAAUUAAGAACCUUCCUAUUUUCCUGCAGUUCUACAGAGCCAGAAAUAAGAGCCUCUGAUCAAAGGGAGGAAUAAAGAAAUAUGCUUUGUUUUAAUCAAGUUAGCUUGCUACUGAGAAUGACUUGUAUCUGUGUAAGGAAAAGCAUAUAUGUUGGCAAGGCUUUGGUCUCAAUGUACCUUGAAAUCCCCGUGGAUAGAGAGAACAUGUAGGAUGACAUAGCUGUAGAAA